CCAACCAGCAGACGACAGUCGCCCUUCAGCUGGGCUUGGUAAAAGGGGCGUUUUUCAAGAGCUCUGGGAGCACAACAGAGGCAUCUUUCCACACAGAACUGGUUCAAUAUUGAAAGUGAAAAAUUGUGAUUUAGCUAGUUUUAACCGCCACAUUCCGCUCAGUAGUUUGUUUAAAGUUGAAAACGUCGUAAUAAUGGUGCUAGAACGAACCGAUGUAAUCCAAAACUAGCGCAAACAAGAUUGUUGGAUCCGUCGCCAUCAUGACGAGCCUGGAUGGAUGCCGUCCUUGAGAAGAAAGUUCAGCAGCGAGGACUGUGCGUGUAAGGCACCGACCGACAACCGACCACCACCAAUAGGAACAAAACGAUGCGAAUAAUCUACUGGUUGGGAGUGUUUGGCACCGUAAUCGGGGCCACCGCACUCUAUUGGCCCCCGUUUGUGUACAUCUUUCUGUUUGUGCUCUACUCGGUGAUCUUGAUUGCUCUGGCCAUCUUCGGCACCAUCUACGUGCACUACAAGCUGACGACUAAGGAGUUCCGCCCGUACACCCGUGAAGACCUACCCACCAAUGUCCUCUACAAUGCCACCAAAUCGCACCUCUUUGAUCCACCGUCACCGCCCAAAUCGGGCGCCAAUCUUCCCAUCAUCUUCGGCCGGACCGUCGAUGGCUUGCUGCAGCAGAUCAUCGGCAAUGCCAUGCGCGACAUCGUGAGCCCAGCCCUGGAGGAGAUCGUAGCGAACCCGCGCCGGAUCAUCGACCUGCUCAAGGAGGACAUCUGGCUGGGGAUCGAUAAGCUGCACGAGCGCGCUUCCCGGAUCGAUGCCCCCAAGAUGAUUGCCGUUGAUUUCGUGCUGAAAGGCACGGUGCACCUGGAGAAGAUACGGAUCGCGCAGGCGAGGGCCGCCGAGCUGGGGACGGACCCGGUCUUUGGAACGUCUUCGUAUCUGGCAACGCAGGAGAAGGAGCUGGAGUUCCUGAAGAAGAUUUGCGAGAUUAUGAUUAUAUUUUUGCUGCCGCGGGGGUACUCGCUGUCGCCGAUCAAGGACUUGCUGAGCGAGGUGAUUUCGUACAAGGUGCUGUUUCCGGUGAUCCGGUUGGUGACCUCGCCGGAUUUUAUCAACCAGCAGAUUGUGGAGUGCAUUGAGACGAAGCUGGUGGCGGUGGCGAUCCACAAGAGGAGCUAUGAGUAUGCGGCGAAUUUUGAGGAUUUUUUGAAGGUGAUCAACCUGAGUCAGACGAUGGACGAGUUGCAUUCGAUUCGGGGGUCAAUUGUGAGUGAUAUCAUGCAGGCGACGACGAUGCAAAAUCUGCAGAGGACGAGGGGAUUCGAUAGUGAGAUGUUCGUUGGGAAGAGUGCGAGCGGAAGCAACUCCGGAGACUCCAGUGACCCUCCAUCACGAGCAGAGAUAACAGCCUCUCUCAAACUGAAGAAAUACAUACAACAGCUCUCCUUCGCCAAGAGCCAAUGCGAGAAAUGUCUCUCCAAACUCGGAUGGGAUGGAAACGUGAGUAAUGAGAUCGAUCUCUCGAUCCUGGACAUUCUGUCCACCGUUGCGGGAAGGCGACAUUUCAUGGUCUUCCUUGAACCCCUGAAAACUUCCUCUUUGGUCGGGUUCUACACGACCGUCGAGGAAUUGAAGCACGCUUCGAAAAGCUCGUGGCAUCAGCUGGGAGCGGAAAUUUUCUACACCUACAUACGGUGCCCCAAUUCGGAGAUUCCGGUGGAUAAGGCCACCCGCAAGAAGAUGGAGUCGUUCUUGGUGGGGGACAGUGGAACCGAUGUUUUCUUCGAGGUGCAACGUGAGUGCUUGAUAACGCUGGAAGAGAAGUACUACCAACCGUUCUUGCUCAGUGAAGAGUACACCAAGUUGAAGAACUCGUUGACUCAGGAAGACUUCAAAGAAAUCACCAUGAGCACAUACUUGUCUUCCAGUACGGAAAGUCAGGAUGAGACGGCCUCCAAUGCUUCCUCGGCCAGUGGAGACGUCGAUCCGGUGAUCAUGGAUUUGAGCAACCAUUCGACCUACGCCAGGACCAAGCUGGAACAGCUGGACGAGAAGCUGGCGAACAAAAAUCAAGCCCUGGAGGCUUUAAAGCAAUCGCUAAAGCCGGACUCGAAGCUUCUGUCGAUUCUGGAAAAGGAAAUCGAUUGGUUGAAAGGGGAGAAGCGGCAACUGGAAGCCCAUCUCCUGCGAACCGAGGUUUGGGGUGAAUACCUCGGCAAGUGGCGUGCCAUAGUGGAGAGUGUAGACUUCUCGGACGACAAAGAACCUCAACCGCAGUUUAUGAUCGUCGUCCAGGUGGAUGAGGUCAAUGACUGCGGCAAAGAAGACGUAGCCACGGCAAUGGAUGCUGCUGAUAGCAUUUCCACAGGAUGGGUAGUGGUGCGAUCCUUGGCGCAGUUUCAUGACCUGCAUCGAAAGCUACGACCGAUGUGUGCCGAUCUUAAAACGAUCGAUCUGCCAUCGAACAAUGCAUUCAAGUUGUUCCUGCUGAAGAACGAUAAAUCUCUGCUGGAAAAAUCCAAGCAGCAGAUCCAGAAGUAUCUGAACUUCAUCCUGGAAGACGAUCACCUGAACCAAAGCGAAGCGCUGUACGAAUUUCUGAGUCCAAGCUCGGAGAAGCUGAAACAAAGUGCAAAUCCAUCGCCUUCCAAGAAGCAGUCCAAGUUCUCGUUGGCCACACUGUUCAAGGCCAACAGCGAGAAGCUGGACCAAUUCUGGGGUCCUCACUUCCGGCUGAACACCGCGGAUUUCCCCGAUGACGAUCAGGUCUCCAUGUACUUAGAAGGAUCAACAGCUGAAAACGGCUCAUCCAAAGCCCAACAAGAUCCGGAUGCCAAGGACUCCAUAGCCGAACCUCUGUACUCCCUCCUCGGCGAAAUUUUCGACAUGGGCGGCGUCUUCAAGUGGCUCCGCCGCAGCUUGAUCUCCUUCGUUCAAAUCACCUACGGUCAAACCAUCAACCGUCAGAUCCGUGAAUCGAUCAACUAUCUGUUCGAAGAACCCAUGCUCCACACGUACGCCUCAGCCGUGCUCAAAGCCUACUGGCCCGGCGGAGUCCUCACCAUCAAGUCCAUGGACCGCUCCGAAGACCAACAGGAGAUGACCAUGAACGCGGCCAAGUCCCUCCUGCUGGACAACAUUCCGGAUCUGCUGUGCAAUCUCAUCGGGGCGCAGAAUGCCCGCAACGGGAUCAUGAAGCUGUUCGACAACGCGCAGAACCCGCUCUACAACAAACAGCUGUUCUACGACAUCUUGGAAAUCCUUAUGCUCGAACUGUUCCCGGAAAUCCGACAGCUGAAGGUCCCGCCGAGUGUAACGGCCGUGGCGGUUGUGGGAGGCUCGGCCGUUUCCACUCCGACGCAUGCUGGUCAUGCUCCCACAGUCGGGGGAUCCGGCUCCCACCAGGCCACCCCAACACGAAUCAUAUCAAGAAAUUGACGCGAUGAUGGCGAAGAAGACGACGAUGACCACGAACAUUGAAUCCACCGAAACACAAGGAAAACUGGAACAAGAAGCACGAUAUCAGUUAUUUGCGUUACGAAUUUCUAGAGGGUUUUGUUCUUAAUUGCCAUUCGGUUUGAGGUUUUAUCUCUAAUCUUUGAAACUAACGAUAGUGAGUCUCACGAUACAAACCUAUAUAUUUGUAAACAUUCCGUGAAACCCGAUACAAUCUAGUCCCCCACCCGAAGAACAAGGAGAAAAAAAACGAGUGUUUAUGUGCAAAUUAAACUUAAUAAGCAGAAGCUGUUGAUAGCUAGGAUUAUGGCUACUAAAUAUGACUAUGAUCAUUGGUACUUAUAAUUGUGACUGCUACAUUGUAGUGUGUAAUGUAGGGCAUUUUACGAUCAUGAUUGAUCUCAUUAUGUGAAUAAAUUAUUGGAAGAAAAUUCAGAAAAUGAAA